AUGAGUGUUGCAACAGAGCAUCACUCAAAUGCACCGUCUGAUUUGGUUCAAAUUGGAUACAAAGUCAUGAAUGGACAGCAACCAAUACUCUCACAUAUUUCAUUAGCAAUGCUUGUAAUUUGUGACUUGCUUACCCGUUUGCAUGUGUAUGUCAAUCGGGUGUUCAACGCAAUAACAGGAGGGAAUGCCACCCCAGCGACGAAUGAGUUAGGAUUGCAAAUUAGACGGUUGUGCCCUCUUCAGAGCGUGAAGUCACGGAGAAAAAUCGAUCAAAGUACCAAAGAUGCGGUCGUCCAAGGCAUGCUAGACAAGUUUGUUAUCGGCGAUGAUUUUGAUAAUGAUGAACAAGCUCAAGAAAUCCUCGAUAGAAAGGCAUAUUUGCUAUACAAGAACUGGAGGUACAAUCUAAAGGAAGAGUUCCUCAAACUUGAGGAAAAGGGUGUUGAUGACCCCUAUAGUCAUUCGCCUAGUGGAGUGAGCUUGGAGGACUGGAAAUAUCUGAUUGAUGUUGCUUGGAAAGACGAAUUCACUUGAAACGCUCUAAAGCUAGUAAAGCCAAUAGGGGUAUGCUCCCCUAUAAUCAUACAAGUGGAUCGCGAUCAUUUCCUAUAGCAAUGUCACUUAUGGUGAGAAAUUAUUAAUUUAGUAAUGUAAUGGAUGAUUGAUUGUUCCUUUUUUUUUUU